ACUUUCUCUUUCCGCCUGAUAGGGGGCGGCUGCCCGCCCGUCCGCAGCCACGGCGCCCGGCCGCUGGCCGGCCUCCGCCGAAGCCCUCGCCUCUUCUCCCCCCGCCCGGCCCUCUCGGCUCCUCCUCUCGCCUCCAACCAGCCGCGACCGCCGCGUGUCUCAUUCAUCCGCAGUGCCAGAGAGGGACGUUCGCCGUGCGGCCGGGCUCGUUCGCGGAAGCUGCCUGGAAGCCCCGGCUGAGGGCGAGAGGCUGGCCGCCGCCGCCGCCUCCUUUGAGGCGAAGAUGUCGAGCUGAACACAGGAGGAGGAGGAGGAGGGAAGGGGCUCCCGCCGGCGGCCGCGCCAUGUCCCUGCCUCCUAUCGCGCCACCACCUGCUGCCGCCCCCCGACUCCAGCUCCGGAACGCGCAGCAGCCGAGCCCGGGCGCUCCCAAAAAGGCGCCGGCGCCCCCCCUCGCGCCAGCCAAGCCUCCUCGGAAAGGUCGCGGCGGCGGGGUCCCCGCGGAGCGCCCCGGCGGCGGCGGCGGCGCCUUCUCGAGCUCUUGGCCCAGCGCUUCUCUCCCGAGGCAGCUGCCGCGCAACAGAGGCGCCCCGCCGCCGGCCGCCAGGAACCCGCCCGCCACAGCCGCCCCGGCCGCGGGGGCGCCUCCGUCUCCGGCGUCGCGAGGCCGCUCGGUCGUGGGGCCGCCGGGCCCGGGCGCGCGCUCCUGCGAGAGCCUUUGCGCGGCGGGGCGCGGGGAGGCCGCGCUGCGCUUCUCGCUCAGCCUGCCUCCCGAGGCGAUCCGGGUGCUCCAGCGCCGGAGCCUGGAGAAGCAACAGCAGCGGCGGCCACGCGGGAGGACGCCCCGCUCCGCCUCCCCGGACGCCGCGAAGCGCCCCCUGGCUGGGUGCUCGGCCGGCGGCGGCGGCGGCGGGGACUUGCGCGCGCUGCUGCAGGUGUCGCUGCUCAACGAGCGCCACCGCUACGACGACGUGGAGUACGAGGAGGAGGCCGACGGCGAAGGGGCGGCCGGCGUCCCCGGAGCGUGCGCGGCCGACGAAGGGCUGGUGCGCAAGUGCACCGAGUGGCUCCGCGGUGUCGAGAGCGCCGCCGCCCGCGACCGCGCCGACAAGCUGGACACGCUGCCGCACUUGGGCACCCUGUGAGCGGACGGCCAGGGGCUCCCUCUCCCGGGCCCUCGGCCAAGAAGCAGGCAGACCCGAGCCCGCCGUUCUGUUCCUCAGGGUGGUGUCGUACUUGGUUCUUCGUCGCCAAAGGUCGCCUUCCCACAUCACCUGUUGUUGACUGUGAACGGAUUUCCUCCUCUGUCGGCAGAAAGCUCUUCCACCGGCCUGGCCUGUGACCGUGUGUGUGUUUUCUGAAAAAUAACAUAACA